AUGCAAGCUGGGUGGUUUUAUUCCCCUAGCCAGAUUGUGCGGUACUUUGCCACGCGAGUGUCAAGUCUCAGACCUCCUCGGAACAAAUUGAGAAAUCCAUACGAGAUCCUUCGGGAACUGACAUCACACCAAUGGCUCAUGUUUGCUGCCGGUUUUCUGGGGUGGACUUGGGAUUCCUUCGAUUUCUUCACCGUAUCGAUGACAAUCACUGAACUCUCCGAAGCCUUCGAUGUCUCUUACUCCGAUGUAUCGUGGGGUAUGACCGUUACGCUUAUGCUUCGAUCGGUCGGCGCAAUCAUUUUCGGUAUACUUGCGGAUCGGUACGGGCGUAAGUGGCCCAUGAUUGUCAACCUCUUCCUGUUCAUCGUUCUUGAAUUAUGUUCCGGAUUCUGCAAUACUCUCCCCCAGUUCUUGGGUGUUAGGUCCUUAUAUGGGAUUGCAAUGGGAGGGUUGUUUGGUCCAGCAGCUGCCACAGCUUUGGAGGACCUUCCUUAUGAAGCCCGGGGUUUACUAUCCGGACUAUUUGAAAUGGGAUAUGCAACAGGGUAUCUUCUUGCAGCAGCUUUCUAUCGCGCCCUUGUGCCAACGACAUCCCAUGGUUGGAGAAGUCUGUUCUGGUUUGGAGCAGGACCACCAAUCCUGAUCAUUCUCUUCCGAUGGUCAUUGCCCGAGACAAAUCAUUUUCAAGUAAUGAAAGCAGAGCGCGAGGCACGUGCCAAUGCAACAGGCGACGGCCAUGCACAGACGAUGGGACUACGGAUUUUCCUUCGCGAUGCUGGACGCGCUUUCCGGGAUAAUUGGGUUUUGUUCGUUUACUUGGUUGUUCUUAUGACGGGGUUUAACUCCUGUUCUCACGGCAGUCAAGACUUUUACCCGACCUUCCUCAAAGACCAAGUUGGAAUGGAUGCGACCGAUACCACCAUCAUCACAGUUGUGGGCCAGAUAGGUGCUUUAGUUGGCGGCUGCACAAUUGGCUAUAUCAGCACGUUCUUCGGACGACGUCUGACUAUGCUUGUGGCAUGCGUCUUGGGAGGUGCUCUGAUCCCAGCCUAUACGAUGGUGCGGAGCAUGUCGCUUGUUGCUAGCGCAUUUUUUGAACAGUUUUUUGUUGGUGGUGUUUGGGGUCCGAUGCCCAUCCACCUACUCGAAUUAUCACCCAUCGCACUUCGCUCGCUGAUGGUCGGACUGACCUACCAACUCGGUAACCUUGGAUCUUCUGCGUCUGCUACAAUUCAAUCCAUUAUAGGAGAGCGGUAUCCGUUACCACCCGGAGUCAAUGGAAAAAAGAAAUUUGAUUAUGGGAAGGUGAUUGCUAUAUUCAUGGGUGCUGUCUGGGCUUUUAAUCUUUUCUUCCUUUUCUGGGGUCCGGAAAUGUCACAGGAAGAGAGAAACGAAGAAGCGGAGGCCGCAAUCCGUCUAGAACGACUGAGAGCCGAAGGUGUGAGCCUGGCCGAGAUUGGGCAACAACAAUUCCUGGGUAAGGAGGUUGAUCAAGAUCAGGGUCAUCAGGAGCAAGAGGGAAAGAAGACCCAGGUGGCACAUAUUGAAUGA